AUGCUAACCUCCUCUAGUUCCUGUACCCGAUCGCCUUUGCUAUCUCAGAUGGCGGCAACGUCAUCGAGCCUCGUCUUCUUCAGCAUCCUUGAUCUCCUCCUCGUCUGUGGUAUCGCCUUCAGCUUCCUUUUUCUCGCUCGCAAGUGGGAUUAUGGUCGCAUAAACUUGCUUUUCACCCAGUAUAGCCGCGUUAGCUCCCAUGGGAAUAGUGAGCACCCCGAAAAGGGGCAUGUUAGCACGAAUGCGUUAGCGGGCACUACCAUAGCUACGCAUAGGCCUAUUAUAAACCCUCCCGUCUAA